AUGCCAACCCAAGUAGUCGCAUCCAUUGAAAAUCCAAGCCUACUACCGACGCCGCCCAUGGGAUUCAACAACUGGGCCCGAUUCAUGUGCGACUUGAAUGAGACCCUAUUUGUCGACACUGCGGACGCAAUGGCCUCCAGCGGUCUAUUAGAAGCGGGCUAUAACCGUAUCAAUCUCGACGACUGCUGGAUGAACUAUGAUCGCGCGGACAAUGGAUCACUCGAAUGGAACGUCACCAAGUUCCCACGCGGUCUUCCCUGGCUAGGGAAGUAUGUCAAAUCUAAAGGCUUCAACUUUGGCAUCUACGAGGAUUCAGGAAACCUGACCUGUGGCGGCUAUCCCGGGUCUGAGGGCUUCGAGGAAAUCGACGCGGAAACAUUCGCGGCAUGGGGCAUCGACUACCUGAAAUUGGAUGGGUGCAAUGUUUAUCCGAAAGAAGGUCGUACUUUGCAAGAAGAAUACAAAUAUCUCUACGGUCACUGGCACGAGAUACUCAGCAAGAUGCAGCAGCCACUGAUAUUUUCUGAGUCAGCGCCUGCGUACUUCUCCUUGACUGAGAAUCUGACUGAUUGGCAUACGGUCAUGGACUGGGUUCCCGAAUAUGGUGAGCUCGCCCGGCACUCGGUUGACAUUCUCGUCUAUGGUGGAGAAGGCAGUGCCUGGGACAGCAUCAUGACAAACUACAAGUUCAACACACUUGUAGCUCGGUAUCAACGCCCUGGAUAUUAUAAUGACCCCGACUUCCUGAUCUCCGACCAUCCGGGGCUUUCGCUCGAAGAAAAGCGAUCUCAGUUCGCACUUUGGGCAUCCUUCUCGGCGCCUUUGAUCAUCAGUGCCCAUAUCCCUGACCUAUCCUCCGAGGACCUGAAGUUCCUCACGAAUCGAGCCCUAAUUGAGGUUGAUCAGGAUCCAUUGGCUCAACAGGCAACACUAGCGAGUCGGGAUAGCUCUCUCGAUGUCUUAACUCGGAGUCUUGCCGACGGUUCCAGAUUAGCCACCAUUCUGAACCACGGUAGCAAUCCCAUCGAAGCAGACAUAUCUCUGGAUGUACUCGGCCUGUCCACUGAUUGUACAUAUACGUCACAUGAUUUAUGGGAUAGGUCAACUCAAAACAUCAAAGACGCUCUACAUGUUAAGCUAAGCACACACGCAACCGCCGUGUACAAAAUAGACAUCGACCAAAAGUGUUCUACAGUUAUUCCCACCGGCAUCAUCUUCAACACAGCCUCCGGGAAGUGCCUUACGGGUACCACAUCAUCCGUGGGAUUUGAAGCUUGCAACGGGAGCAAAUCCCAGAUAUGGGAAGUUGACGUGUCUGGGUUGAUUCGCACAUUGUCUGAGCAAUCGAAGUGUUUGACGGCCGAUGAUACGACCGUCUCCCUACAGGAUUGCAAAGAAGAUGGUGCUCAGAAGUGGUCUUAUGCAGUGACCGGGAAUCUAAGGAACCAUGACACCGGCAACUGCCUGACGGAGAACGGAGGUAUUUCUGCUUGUGGCUUUGAAGUUAAUAGCCAGGUGUUUGGGUUGCCUGCUGGUGUUGAGCUCACAUCAUGA